UAACAUCUGUUGAAACAGUCUAAAUUUGUUGUGUUAAAAUCUGUGUAUACCAACUUCUUAUCGCCAAGAUAAGGCAGUAAAAGCCAAACAUUAGAUUAAAUUCUCACAUAGGAUCUAGCGAACGAUUACUGAGAUAACGGUUGCACCACCACAAACCGCUCUUAAAAAACCCACAACGACUACCCACUAAAGCUCAACCUGAAGCACUUGGAUCGUUUCGAAAGAGCGAAGUUUAAAAGUUUAAUGACCGUUUUCACUUUUCUUUACUGAGAACUGCGGUUCGGAGCUCAUUAAGCAAUCGAUUCUCUAGGCGCUCAGUUCGCGGAGUUCUCCAAAUCUCGUCGCAAUGGCCAGUUCCACAUCCGUAAUUCCCAAUUCCGUAAUCCCCGCCACCGUUAAUCCCGAUCUGCAGAAGGAACGCGAUGCAGCCAGUUUCAGCAGUGAGGAAUUCGCCACCUGGUGGUCCGGAGGCGAGGAGAUUCUAAAGUUCAACCGCGGCGUUCGCGACUAUUUGCAGAAGGAUGUGGAUGUUCUGGAGAUGCUGCAGCUGCAGAAUAAGUCGCACGAGGAGAUCAUCGAGUUCUCCACGCGGGGAGCCAUUGAGGCGGCCAAGAAGCUGCGCCGUCUGCAGGAGGAGCGUAAUCCUGGCGGAGACGACUACUGGCCAAAACUUUAUGACCAUCCAGCGUUGGUGGGUCUUUUUCCCGGUGGCAAUCCCUUCUCCGUUAUGUACGUGAUGCUGGUGAAAGCUCUGCAGGCCCAAUGCACUCCGGAACAGUACGAGGAUUUCGGCAAGCGGCUGGAACGCUUCGAGAUCUGCGGCACCUAUGCCCAAACGGAACUGGGUCAUGGAACCUAUCUACGCGGUCUCGAAACCCGGGCUGAUUUUGAUCCCAAAACAGAUGAAUUUGUACUGAACACUCCCAAGAUUUCGUCCUAUAAGUUUUGGCCGGGAGGCUUGGGACACAGCUCCAACUACUGCCUGGUGAUGGCCCAACUGUAUAUCGACAACAAGUCCAAGGGACCGCACAUGUUCUUCAUCCAGGUGCGUGAUGAGGAGACACACGAACCCCUGCCUGGCGUCCACAUCGGUGAUAUUGGCAAGAAGAUGGGAUUCAUUGGGGUGAACAAUGGCUUCAUGGGCUUGAAGAAUGUGAGGAUACCACGUAAUCGCAUGCUGAUGCGACAUGCCCAGGUCAACGCUGAUGGAACCUAUGUUAAUAGUCCUACCGUCGUGCUUAUCUACUUUGCCAUGGUGCGCACGCGCUGUGUGAUUGCCAGGAAUAAUGCCUAUAUGUUGGCGGCAGCUUCCACCAUUGCCACUAGAUACUCGGCUGUGCGUCGCCAGAGUCCCAUCAAUCCCAAGGAACGCGAGCCCCAGAUCAUCGAUCACGUUACGCAGCAAAUGAAGCUUUUCCCGGAGAUAGCCACCAGCUUGGCUUACCGACUGGCCAGCGAUUACCUGUGGAAUCUUUACGAUGUGACCUUUAAAGAUAUAGAAAACGGAAUGUACGAGCGCCUGCCGGAGUUGCAUUCCCUGUCCUGCGCCUUGAAAGUUACCGUCUCCACGGAUUCCUCCGCUGGCGUAGAGAGAUUGCGCCUGGCCUGUGGCGGUCACGGUUACCUCACCUCUUCCAAUAUGAGCAACAUUUACGUUAAUGCAACCGCAGCCUGCACCUAUGAGGGAGAGAACACGGUACUGCUCCUGCAGAUCGGUCGCUACUUGAUGAAAACUUGGCGAGCGGCGUUGAGUGGAGCUCCUUUGCCGCCCACCGUUCGCUAUCUGGGCGAAGUACAGAAGAAUCCGGAGUUCGGCACCUGGACAGGUAGUUGGGAGAACAUGGUUAAAGCCAUGCAGUACACAGCCGCCAAUAAGACCCGUGUGGCUUUCAAGAGCCUUUCAAACCGUCUUGCUAGGGGCGAGACCGAGGGGAACGCGGCUAAUCACACGGGCAUUGAGUUGACCCAGGCAGCUGAGCUCCAUGGCCGUGCCUUCGUUUUUGGUUGUUUCACCGAGGGGGUGACCGGUCCCAAAUCUAAGACUCGUUCAGCUGCAUUUAAUCAAGUCCUAGAGAACCUUUUGGAACUUUACCUAGUCAAGGAGACACUUAACCAAAUGAGCUACAUCCUGAGGUUUAUUGAGUUGACCGAUACGGACCUAUCCCGGCUACAGGAUCGCUUGGAAACUGUGCUCACCAAACUGCGACCCGAUGCUGUGGCCAUUGUGGAUGGCUUUGACUUUAGUGACCUGCAACUAAACUCUACUUUGGGCUCUUAUGAUGGCAAUGCCUAUGAGCGUAUCUUCGAUGCGGCCCUAAAAAACCCAGUGAACCAGAAAUCAGUACCAAAAUCCUUCCAUGAAGUCCUGAAACCCUUUAUGAAGUCCAACAUCUAGAGCCUAGCACAGCUUUUUGUUAAAUUUAUAACCCAUUAUCUAGUGCCCAGCUCAAUUUAAUGUAUAUACCCCUUAUGUAUUGGUGAUUUGUGUGACCAUAACCAGUUUUGUUAUUAUUAUUGUAAAUAAUUCUCUUAAAUAUUGUAUUGUCAACAUA